CGGGAUGCUUAGGGUAGCGGAGCCCCAAGAGGCACGGUUGGAGGCGGGUGGUCGCAGUCCCUGGGCAGCGCCACCCACGCAGUCCAAGCGGCUCACGUCCUUCCUCAUCCAGGACAUCCUGCGGGACCACGCAGAGCGGCGUGGGGGACAGCCGAGCACCCCGCAGCACCAGUGCCAACCAGACCCUAAGAGGGAUUCUGCUUCAGAGCUCGACGAAGCAGAGGGUAGCAGUGUGACUCUGGAGGACCCGCCAGGUAUCCGGUCGAGCCCCACAGAGACACGGGCUGAAACCGAGUCAGAUGCACAUUUUGAGACUUAUCUGUUGGACUGUGAACAUACUCCAGUCUUAUCAAGUGCCCCCCAGGUCACCAAGCAGCCACAGAAGCGUUCCCGGGCUGCUUUCUCUCACACUCAGGUGAUUGAGUUGGAGAGGAAGUUCAGCCAUCAGAAGUACCUGUCCGCCCCUGAAAGGGCUCACCUGGCCAAGAACCUCAAACUCACCGAAACCCAAGUAAAAAUAUGGUUCCAGAACAGACGCUACAAGACUAAGCGAAGGCAGCUGUCAGAAGACCUGGGAGUCUUGGAGAAGAACUCCACAUUGUCUUUGCCAACCCUGAAAGAUGACAGCCUAUCCAGGGCCUCCUUGGUCUCCGUGUAUGCUAGCUACCCCUACUACCCCUACCUAUACUGUCUGGGCAGCUGGCAUCCAACUUUCUGGUAACAACAGUUCAGAUGACAACUGCAUAGAUCAGAAACUGCCUUCCCUGGGGGUCCCUGGGAAAAAGCCAGAGUGGCUGAUGUCAAGGAGUUGAAAGCAAGAAGUGUACAGACACAAACUGUUGGGUGUUCCCAGGGAAUACUCCGAUUCUUCUCUGGUGGCCAAUGAAAGAUCUGGGGCAGUGGACAUUUUAUUAUGUAGUCACAGUUCCAAGUGUUCUGUAGGUCACGGCUGUCAGUUCCCUGUUUAGAGAGAGCUAGACAAGUUCAAGUCUUAUUUCCAGAGCUUAGAGUGGCUAUGGCUGCAAUGGCUACAUCGUUCCUAAGAAUUCUGUUGCUGCAAUUUCAUCCUCUCCCAUAACUGGGUAUCAUGAAAGGGCCAAGCAAGGGGAGGGAUGGCCCCUUAGAUGAGGAUUUCCUCUUGAAUUAAACUUGUGUUUAAAAGUCUCUUGUUGGCCUUGGACUCUGACCAGAGUUUCCCUCUGCCCUUGUAAAAGUGAGGGUAAACGGGAGAUUUGAAGAAGGGGAGAAAAAACCUUAGUGAUUAAGCAGGUUGGCAUAGGACAUGAAGGGGCUGGAAGGUGGCAUUUUCAACUUCUUACUCCUUUUGCAGUGAUGUGCCAAUCCAAGGAUUUACAGGGCAGCCUGAGUGCAGCAGGGUACAUAUACUGAAGGGGGUUAAGACAAGCUGUGUAAACAGUUUGCCUGCAGGGGUGGGCUUCAGAACAGACUUCCUGUCCAAGACAAGGGCCUAUGGGGUUUCCAAACUCCAGGUGAGCUGCUUCGGUCAUGACAUUUUAUUACCAGUGAAGGGGGAGGGGAGAUCUUAGACUCAGGAGAUCCUGCAGCUUCCCUGGUCUGAGAAUUCACACCUCAUUAUGACAGAGGUGCCAUCAUUUUUAAACAAAGGAUCUUCCUUCUAUUCUUUUAUUUCUUGUUCUUUCUUACAGGACUCCUCAGUUCAUUGUUUUCAUAUAUGCCUGUCUUAUUUAGUGUAAGAUUUGCUCCCACCACCUCCCAAGUUUUAUCUUUCCCAGUUUAAUAACUAACUAGCUUCAGACAGAU